CCCGCCUGGGCCGGCGGAGCGCGGCCCGGUCCCGCCCCGUCCCGGCCCCCGGCGCGGCCCUGCCCUGCGAGGGCCGGCAUGGAGAAGCUGCGGCGGGUGCUGGCCGGGCAGGACGAUGAGGAGCAGGGACUGACGGCGCAGGUCCUUGAUGCCUCAACACUCAGCUUUGGAACUCGAGUCAGAUGGUUUGCCAUAUGCUUUGUUGCUGGCAUUUUAUGUUCUUUUCUUGGAACAGCAUUGCUAUGGCUCCCAAAGGGGAUCAAACUUUUUGCAGUGUUCUACACCCUGGGAAAUAUUGCUGCUCUCGCCAGUACAUGUUUCCUGAUGGGGCCCCUGAAGCAACUGAAAACAAUGUUUGAUCCAAAACGAUUAAUAGCUACGAUUGUGAUGUUGCUUUGCCUAAUAUUGACUCUGUGUGCUGUAUUCUGGUGGAACAAAAAAGGUUUGGCAAUGUUAUUCUGCAUAUUGCAGUUCUUGGCAAUGACCUGGUAUAGUCUGUCUUAUAUUCCUUUUGCAAGGGAUGCUGUGAUUAAAUGCUUCUCAUCCUGUCUAGGGUAAAUUAAAACCAGGAACCACUGUCUGCUUUAAAAGGCAACUUUUUUCCUCUGUAAAUUUUACUCAAAAAACUCUACUUUGCCGCUUCUGAAAUACCCAGUAGCAGUUUUUUUCCUUGCCUUUUGCACUUGGGAGAUUAAAUAAUUUUUACUAGAAACAGUUUUUUAAAUAAAUUUGGAGAAUUAUUUGUGUUUACCCUGAAACUUCCAGGCUUUUUUCUGACAAGAAAGUACAUUUAAAUACUUCAUACAGAGUGGUCUUAACACUACUUUGUAUCCAGUAACAGUUUAUUCCCGAGUGGAGGCAAGUCACUAAGGCCUGGGUAGUGUGCAUAAAGGUUUCAUUUAUAGUUCUGUCUAAAACUUGCAAUGUGCCAUUUAUGUUUGUAUAUUAUCCAUUGUAUGCUUUUCCAAAGACAGAGUUUUAUAAACAUUGUAAAGAUUUGGAAGAUUUGUAAUUAACUGCUCCUUUGAAAUGUCUAUACAUGUGCCUUAUGGAAAAAACUUACUGAGAAUGUGAAAGGAAUGUUUAAAACCUGUUGGAUUUUAUUAAAAAAGUUGUAUUUUAAAUGUUUUUUUUUUUAAUUUCAUACCUAAAUACUUUUUACUACAAGAACUUAUGACUAAUGUAUAAAUGGGACUUGUGAAAUAAAUUCAUUUUUAAAGUGCCUUA